AUGGCCACAGAGGUGAGGAUCUGCGGGCUCGGGUCCGUGUGCACGCUCUUCGCGGAGCCGACGUGGACGGUUCGGAGGCUGAAGCAGGCGGCCCAGGAGGCAACCGGCGUGCCCGCGCGCGAGUUGCGGCUGCUCACCGGCAGCCGCGAGCACGGGGAACUGGAGCGCCUGGGUGGCGUCCUGUCCGCCCGCGGCGACGUCGCGUGCGGCGCUCCGCUGGAGCUCUCCUGCGUGCGGCGGUGCCCCGAGCAGGCGCGGUGGCUCGAAGCGGUCGCGGCGGACGCGACUGGGGAUUUCCUCGGGGAGGCGCCCGCGCACGUGCGCGCCGACCGCGAGGUGGUGCUCGCGGCGGUGGCCCAGAACGGGCGCGCGCUGGCGCACGCCUGCGACGAGCUGCGGGGGGACCGGGAGGUGGUGCUGCUGGCCCUGGAGGAUCGGGAGGACCCAGACGCGCUGUGCCAUGACCAGGACGCGGCCCGUGACCUGGAGGCUGGCUGUCCGCGCUGCGCGGUGCCACCUCCGCGUGGCAUGGAUCGUUCCGACGUUGUCACGGUUUUCGGCCCCGACGCCGGAGAUUGCAUAUGGUUUGACGAGGUGGCCUCGGGUGCCCAGUGCGGCGUGCGCAUCCUGGGCGCCUUAGGACGCGGCGCGCUCGCGGCGGGGCGGCUCGCGCCGGCCAAGCGGGGCAGGUUUGCCGCUGUUCGCGCAGGCGCGCUUCGCCGCCAACGAGACUGCUCCGUUGCAGGAGUCAGCCGCAGGGCUUGCCGCGGGAAGGUCUGCUCUCGGAUGGGAGCCGCAGAUGGCGCGGCAUUCAAGUUGAAGCGGAAGCUUGGGGGCUCGUGGAUAUGGCGCAGCGACGCGGGGGGCGCGUUCAAAGCGCCGCCGGCUCUCUUCGGCCAGGGCGCGCCGUUUGAGACGGCUCUGUCUAUCACUUGCGGCCUAUGCGGCAACUCGCGGGUCGUCGAAGAACUCCAGGAGGCCCCGGGCACGACAGCGCCGCUCGUUGGCACUUGGAGAUGGCAGCUAGCAGAGGAGACGUUCGGCGGAAAGGAAUGCCGCAUUGCGUCGUGA